ACCCACCAUCCCUCACCACCACAUCCCCUAUCCCAACUCUCGCUGCCACUGUCCCGUUGCGCCGCCUGCCAGGUUCUGAUCUUGUUCUUUCGCCCCCGCUGCCGCGUUUGAUUCCACCUUGCCGCAAAGCAACAUGGCGGACAGCAUGGAAGGCGUCGUCUCUACUGGGCAGCCCGCCUCUGUAGAUGUCAAGGAGAAGACUGUUGCAGACAUUUCGAGUAACUUCACCCUCCUCGAGAGAGCCGUCGCUCAGUUCGAUUCUCGUUUCACACUCCGCGCUCUGCGUUCGAUAUCCUCGCUGCGGAAGCGCCUCGACCCCCAGGUCCUUGGCGACGCCAUCCUUUCCUACUACCCCGCAAGCAAUGAGAUGGGCAAGAAGAUCAUCGGUGUGGUUGGCGGCUCGGCGUCCUCGAGCAAGACGUCGGCGGACAGCAAGAAGGAGGUUGUGCCAGAGGUCGACGUGUACCUUGCCAUUCUCGCCCAGGUGAUGCUCUACGACAAGCAGGAAUUCUCCAAGGGCGCGGAAUGGUCAUCUUGGCUGGUCGAGCACAUCCGCGAGCUUAACCGCCGCACUCUCGACCCACUCGCCGCCAAGGCCUACUUCUACAUGGCUCUGUUCCACGAGAACCUGGAUCCCAAGCCCCCAUCGCGCCAGUCCCCUGUUAUUGGCAUCCGCAGGCAGCUGCUUGGUGCCCUCCGCAGCGCCGUCCUCCGCAAGGACCAAGAUACCCAGGCUGCUGUCAUGGUGCUCCUCCUCCGGAACUACGUCUCCACCGCCGACAUCACGCAGGCCGACCUCCUCGUUGCGCAGACCCAAUUCCCGCAGACGGCGCCCAACAACCAGGUCGCGCGGUACCUGUACUACCUCGGCCGCAUUCGCGCCAUCCAGCUCAACUACACUGAGGCGCACGAGCACCUCACUAGCGCGACGCGCAAGUCGCCCACGAGCGGCGUCGCGGCGGGCUUCUACCAAGCUUCGAUGAAGCUCCUUGUCAUUGUCGAGCUGCUGAUGGGUGACAUUCCGGACCGCGCCAUCUUCAGCCAGCCGAAGCUGGAGCGGGCGCUGGAGCCGUACUUCCGGCUUGUGCAAGCGGUGCGCGCUGGCGACCUGCAGGGCUUCCUGAAGGUGGUGCAGGCGCACUCGGGCGUGUUCCAGCGCGAGGGGACCUACACGUUGAUCCUGCGGCUGCGGCAAAACGUGAUCCGGACGGGCAUCCGCAUGCUGUCGCUGUCGUACAGCCGCAUCUCGCUGCGCGACAUCUGCAUCCGCCUAGGACUCGAGUCGGAGGAGUCGGCCGAGUACAUUGUGGCCAAGGCGAUCCGCGACGGCGUCAUCGAGGCCUCGAUCAACCACGAGAAGGGCUUCAUGGCGACGAAGCGACCGGGCGACGUGUACGCGACGCGCGAGCCGGCCGAGGCCUUCCACGACCGCAUUGCGGCUUGCUUGACGCUGCACGACGAGUGCGUGCGGGCGAUGAGCUACCCAAUGAACCAGCACCGCCUGGAGCUGAAGAAUGCGCAGGAGGCGAGGGAGCGCGAGCGUGAGCUUGCCAAGGAGAUUCAGGACGGGGAUAUUGAUGAGGAUGAUGCUGCGGGUGACUUUGAGGGGUUGUAAGGCAAGCGGAGGAUUUGGGCUUUGCUGGAUGGGGAGGGUAAUUCCGAGGGAGGAGUGCAGAGAGAUAGGUAUAGAUGAUGUUAGUUUGUGAAGCUUGAGUGUGUCAAGUGUUGGUGUUGGUGUUGCAGAUCGUUGUGCAGGGGCCGAUGCCGCGGCAACGAUUGAUGACGAUAGACAAG